GUCCCCCCACCAUCUCCAGCACACAGACCCAGCAAGCCCUGCACGGAGAAAAGGGACAGAUCAAAUGUUUCAUCCGAAGCACGCCCCCCCCGGACCGCAUCGCCUGGUCCUGGAAAGAGACCGUGCUGGAGUCCGGGACGUCCGGCCGCUACACCGUGGAGACGGUGACCACCGAGGAGGGCGUCAUCUCCACGCUGACCAUGAGCAACAUCGUGCCGGCCGACUUCCAGACCAUCUACAACUGCACGGCGUGGAACAGCUUCGGCUCGGACACGGAGAUCAUACGCCUUAAGGAACAAGAGUCCCUCCCGGUUGCGGUGAUUAUCGGCAUCGCCGUGGGAGCCUUUGUGGCCCUCAUAGUCAUCAUGGGUACCAUCGGAGCGUUCUGCUGCACCCGCGCCCAGAGAAAGGAAGCGCACCUGGUUAUGCCCUCACUGCCCGUCUCCAUCUGUGCUCACCAGAGAGACCUUGCAAGCAAAAUUAAGACAGAAAAUCUGAAAGGAGUCGUGUCGGCGAAAAACGACAUCCGGGUGGAGAUUGUGCACAAAGACCACAACGCGGCGCGAGACAACGACGAGCACACCUCCAUGAAACAACUGAUGGUCGAGCGAGGAGAGUUCCAGCAGGAGUCUGUGCUGAAGCAACUGGAGGUGCUGCAGGAGGAAGAGAAGGAGUAUCAGCACAUCAAGGACCCUACGAACGGCUACUACAGCGUCAACACCUUCAAGGAGCACCACACGCCGACCCUGGCGGGCAGCCAGUCCGCCGAGGCCCGGAACCCCGGCGCCGGCGGCGGCGGCGGCGGGGGCGGGGGCGGCGCCGCCACCCUGGGCAAGCAGCGCGUGCCGACGGGCAUGUCCUUCACCAACAUCUACUCCACGCUGGGGGCGGGCCCCAACCGCCUCUACGACUACAGCCAGCGCUUCGUGCUGGGCACGGGCAGCAGCUCCAUCGAGCUGUGCGAGCGCGAGUUCCAGCGCGGCUCGCUCAGCGACUCCGGCUCCUUCGUGGACACGCAGUGCGACAGCAGCGUCAGCAGCUGCAGCAAGCCGGACGCCUACGUGCACUUCGACAAGGACAGCAAGGCGUCGGCCUCGUCCUCCUCGCACUACUCCCAGUCGUCCUCGCAGAACUCGGACCUCACCCGGCCGCUGCAGAAGCGCAUGCAGACCCACGUCUGACAGGCCCGCGGCG